CUGUGUAUGUGCACACAAGCUUAAUACUAUUUGGAAGUAACUAUCAACUGGAAACAUCAAUCGAUUAGCUGAAGCAGUCGUAACUCGUGUUCUUGGCUUACCAUCUAUUUCUCAAUCAUUGACUGCGAUUAGUCAUAAGUCUGUGAAAAUAUACGUAUACUUAAAAUCCCAACUUAUUCGCAAUUGAAUAAUUGAAGCUCAGUAGAAUGGGUUCAGUUUCCAGUACAAGCAAGUCCAUCAUGCCUGUCACACGAGAUCUCGUCAACGAACUCAUUGAAAAGGAUUCAAUCGUGAUAUUCUCCAAGACUCGCUGCCCAUAUUGCAAAAUGGCCAAAGAGGUGUUUGAAUCAUUAAAAAAACCAUAUACAGCGAUAGAAUUAGAUAACAGAGAAGAUGGACAAGACAUACAAGAUGUGUUAAACGAAAUAACAGGUGCCAGAACAGUACCCAGAGUAUUCCUCAAUGGAGAGUGCUUAGGAGGCGGUACCGAUGUGAAGAAAUUGUACGACAGCGGCGAACUUGCAAAAUUAGUUUAACUUGAUUUACAAAGUGUUUUAUGAGAAAUGACAAGUAAUUUUUUCCAUAUAAAAUAAAGCAUAAUAUA